CCAAAACCACCUCUGAACAGACCUACUUUAACGGGGCUAAGGUUAUUUUUGGUUUCAAUCCAAGGGAGCAUUGUCUCCAGUUGUUGAAGGAUACCAUCAGUUUUGAUCAGAAUUGCUUAUCAAAAAGCAAAGUUUCUCUACUGUACUCAGUAAAUAUAUAAAACAAUUGUAAUCUGAGACGUUGGAGUACGUGAGGCCCGUAUAGACUUGAGGUAGCGCUUGGUUGAAUAGAACAAACGGUCUGCGAAUACUUUUAUUGCGCAUUGACUAAUUUGAGCACUACGUGUUUCUAUCCAACCAUCUUUCCUACAAAGCAGCUUAUCUGAGCUUGUUGAUUGAAGAAAACAUGGCUAAAGCAGAAGUUGAAAAUGGUGAAAUCAAUGUUACGAUUACAGGCCCCGCGGAUGAGGCUCCUAAAGUCGAGGUGCAGGACGAACGAGGUGGAUGGGGUAACAAGAUAGAGUUUGUCUUAGCUACUAUUGGUUAUGCUGUUGGCCUUGGAAAUGUGUGGCGUUUUCCUUAUCUAUGUCAGAAGAAUGGUGGUGGUGCCUUCCUCAUCCCAUACGUACUGUGUCUUGGUCUUCUAGGGAUUCCUAUCUUCUUCCUGGAGCUUGCAAUUGGUCAAAGUGUUCGACAAGGGUCCAUCGGAGUAUGGAACUAUAUUCAUCCCUACCUGGGAGGGGUGGGGUUUGCUUCUGUCAUGGUCUGUUUCCUGGUUGGCUUAUACUACAAUAUGAUCAUUGCUUGGUGUUUCUAUUACCUGUUCGCUUCCUGGCAAAACCCUCUGCCAUAUGGUGAUUGUCCUAAUAUAGCAGUAAAUGGUACCAACAUCACCAAGGUGUUAGAGUGUGAGCUGGCGGGCAGGACUCAGUAUUAUUGGUAUAAUAAUGCACUGGAGAUAACAGAUUCUAUUGAAGAGAGCGGUGGCGUACUCUGGCAUAUGGCAUUAUCGCUUCUCUUGGCUUGGAUUGUUGUCUUUCUGUGCAUGAUGAAAGGGGUGCAGACCGCUGGCAAGGCGGUGUAUUUUACAGCUACAUUCCCGUAUCUUGUUCUGUUCAUCUUCUUCUUUCGUGGUGUCACGUUGGAUGGUGCCGGGGAUGGCAUCGCUCACAUGUUCAAGCCACAGUUUCACAAGUUACUGAACCCUCAAGUUUGGCUUGAAGCAGCCACGCAGAUAUUUUACUCGCUUGGUGUAGCAUUUGGUGGAUUAAUUGCGAUGUCCAGCUACAACCCUGUACAUAACAACUGUAAACGUGACGCCAUCAUGGUGUCCUUGAUCAACUGUGGCACGUCUGUCUUUGCAAGUAUUGUUAUCUUCUCCAUUCUUGGGUUUAAGGCCCAUACAUCAUACAACAAUUGUCUAUCACUCUAUGCCAACGUCGCGUUACCUGGCAACGAAACCAUUACGGACAAAUGCUUCGACUUGGAGAAAUGGCUUUCUGAGUCAGCACAGGGACCCGGACUAACCUUCAUCGCCUUCACAGAGGCCAUAGUCAUGAUGCCAGUCUCUCAACUCUGGGCUACACUGUUCUUCUGUAUGUUACUCACCCUUGGUCUUGGUAGCAUGUUUGGUACUCUUGAAGGUGUCAUUACUCCUCUUUAUGACCUCAAACUUGUUUCGUGGAGAAAGGAAUUCGUCACAGCUUUCAUUUGUGCUAUGUCAUAUUUGAUUGGCCUGGUGUUCUGUCAAGGAUCAGGAGAAUACUGGCUGCAAACCUUCGAUUCUUACUCAGGGACCUUGCCUCUUCUCGUUAUCGGGUUUUUCGAGUUGGUUGGCGUCAACUGGAUUUACGGUGCAGUCAGAUUUGAAGAUGACAUCGAGUACAUGAUCAAGUCUCGUCCAGGUUGGUACUGGAAGAUCACGUGGCGGUUCGUGUCUCCCGUCAUCGUAGCGGGUAUUAUUAUUGCAAGUAUUGUAAGCAUGUUUUUGAAGACGAUGACGUAUGCAGCAUGGGCUCCAGCAAAGGCUGAUGUUGUAGACACUGAGUUUCCUGUUUGGGGGUUCGUCGUCAUUGCUCUACUUAUUCUCCUCUCCACCCUCUGCAUUCCCAUCGUGUUCUUGGUGAAGAGAUUCAAUAUUGUUAAGUUUGACGUGUCGAAACAAACCCAAGAUGAGAUCAUCCCACCUGGAGCCUUGACUCCUAACCUGUCACGUGCUCCGAUAGCUUUGACCGAAGAACCAAUGGAUGGCGCGGAAAUGGAAUAGAACCAGUCCCUCGCGGUAUAUUAAACAGCAUUUACAUGACAGGAGUAUAAUAAACAUUUCUAUUACAAUGACGUCAUUGUUUUGCUGUUCACGUGACUGGUAACAAGCCAUUGCUCAGGGACCAAUUUAGACCGAGUUGACCCGGGUUGGAAUCUAAGCAAAGAGGUGACAUAAUGUCAUAUGCAAUAGUAAUUUGUAUUCAUUUAACUACUGUUCUGGCACGACUAUGGCGGCCAUUUUGUAAAGUGAGCAAAAAACUGGUUAUGUAUAAAAACUCAUUACGAGACCUCACUCGUGUUUUACGCAGGCCUGGUUACAUUUCAAAAUGGCCGUCGUGGCGGUACGAUGAUAAUUAUGAUAUAAAUAAACCUUGGUGAUGUUAUUGAUUGAUUAAGAAAUGAAGUUCUUACCAUAUCAAGGCCUGCAUGGGAUGAAGGCCAAUAUAUGGCUAGAAUCAUUUUAUUUAUCUUUUGCUGUCAUUUAUUGCUCAAACCUCGCCAAAAUUAGCACGGACACUUCAGGUUUUAGGAUGAAACGUUUUUUUGAGAUGAUGCGGUCACGUGACCUUGAUCCUCAUCUCCGUGCACCCAAAAAUUUUGAAUUAAAACGGAGAGACGAUUGUCAUCUGUACAUAAAAUAUUUUGAUAUAUUCUCAUCCUCCCUAUUAUAACUAGUAAGUCACGUGAUCUAUUUUGUGUAAUAUCCCCUUAACGAGCAUGCGCAAUGGUAGUUCAGAUUCGUCUUGAAAAUAUGCCAUAUCACUUUAUGUACAGACGAUAACCAUCAUCCCUUUUUUAAUUUCAAAAUUUUGGGUAGCAAAAAAUCUUAAUCUCAAAGUUGUGGCCAUGCCAAUAAAGGAAAGGAUUGAAUAGAAACGAAAACGUAAGAAAAACAAAAUGGUUCUAGCCAUAGAUGGCCUUCAAUUCAGGCCUUAACAUGCUUGAGCUACCGAUGUUGUAGCUUUAUUACUCGAUGUAAAAUUAGGCGAAUUCACAGAGAAAAAAUUAUAAAUUUAGAUUGAAAUAUUCCAGUUCUUUUAGUUAGGUAAUGGUUCAGCUGUAUAUACAGUGGCUCAGUCUUGUAUUUCAAGAUUCGGUAACAUUUCUUCUUUUUCUGGAGCCGGCUUUUUCUUUUAUAAAAUUAAAUGAGUUUCCUUUCAGUUAAAUGGGUUUCCUUUCAGUUAAAUGGGUUUCCUUUCAGUUAAAUGGCUCUUGCCCGUUAAACGGCUUCCCUUUUAGUUAAAUGGGUUCUUUGCCAGUUGAAUGGGUUCUCUGCCAAUUAAAUGGGUUUCCUGUCAGUAGCAAUGGUUUUCCUUAAUUUUUGAAUUAUUUUAAGAAAAGUUUUCGAUUUGAAAACGUUAAGGUUUUCAUUUGUCUCUAGAAUGGAGAGGAGCCUGAGAAGUCAUAAACAUUUAUCUAUUUUUAAAGCAUGACUGGCUUUGGUAGAAUGUUUGCUUUUCUACUGAUCACGUGACUAACAGCUGGAAGGAUCGAUAAUAUAAAUAGAAAACAAAACAAAUUACUUUAUACAAACGCUUUUGUAAAGAAAAUAAACAAUAUUUUCAAUAUCCCAUAAUAAUCGUGCUCAAUCAGUUAAUAAACUUAGUGCCUCAA